UGAACCUCGGCGGACGGGGCGGGGCUUCAAGAGAGAGGGAGGGAAGGAGGCAAAAGGAUAAGAACGGGAGUGGAGCUGGCGCCUACGGUGGCCGAAGAGGCACGCGCAGGGCCAGAGGCUGCAGGAUGAUGCGAUUUAUGCUGCUGUUCAGCCGGCAGGGGAAGCUGCGGCUACAAAAAUGGUACCUGGCCACCUCAGACAAGGAGCGAAAGAAGAUGGUUCGGGAGCUUAUGCAGGUCGUUCUGGCUCGCAAGCCCAAGAUGUGCAGCUUCCUGGAGUGGAGGGACCUCAAAGUUGUCUAUAAGAGAUAUGCCAGCCUCUACUUCUGCUGUGCCAUCGAGGGCCAAGACAAUGAGCUUAUCACGCUGGAGCUGAUCCACCGGUACGUGGAGCUCCUGGACAAAUACUUCGGCAGCGUUUGCGAGCUGGACAUCAUCUUCAACUUUGAGAAGGCCUACUUCAUCUUGGAUGAGUUUCUGAUGGGGGGUGACGUCCAGGACACCUCCAAGAAGAGUGUGCUGAAGGCUAUCGAGCAGGCGGACCUGCUGCAGGAGGAGGAUGAGUCGCCACGCAGUGUGCUGGAGGAGAUGGGUCUGGCCUAGCCUCCGCCCGGGGCCACGUGGAGAUGUGGGGAGCUGGUGGAGAGGCAGGGCAUCGGUGGCCCUUUUCUUGGUGGGACCCAGCUGCCCCUCCUCUGCUGCCUCACCUUCUUUUGCCGUGAGCUGCGGGCUCAGGACCCUCAAACAUUCCCUCCCUCCACCCCCUACCUCCUGUUUCCCCUUUUCCCACUGGAGGUUUUAGGAGCUAGGAGGCAGGAAAAUGUGACCAAGUUGGGGGUGCUAUUUGGCUUUCAUCCCCUGCCUUUGAAGAACUAAUGUCACCCCAAACUCCCCCCCCACCCUUAUAACUGUAAAUAUAUAAAUAUGUCAGGUUAAAGGGAAAAGGUUUUCAGGGCUCUUCUCUUCUCCCUGCCCCAUAACCUACCUCCAGCCCUCCCCGCAGCCAGCCAGGGCAGCUUCUCUGCCUGGGAGGGGGACCUCCGUGUCUCCAGAGGGAAGUCCUUUUCCCUCAUCUGUCUCCUCCCCUUCCUUCUUGGCUGCAGUGGGGCCUCCGUUCAGUUCCAGGGGAGGAGCAACAUAGUUAAUUUUUUUCUAACCUUGCUACUUUGAGGAAAGGGAGGGCUGGGGGAAGGGUAGGCUUUACAGAAGACUGGGCCCUGUCCCUCCUUCACUCCGAGUUCCCAGUGAGGCAGGAGCUAAGUGGGUGGGGUGGGGAAAGUGUCUGAUUUUUUUUUCUUUUCCUCUAAAAUAAAAGGAAAAGCAUUUCUGGACUUUGCCUGGCUUAGGCUCUGUGAAGGAGGGCUGCUGCGAUCAGUCAGGACGGGAAAGCAACACUGCCCGUUCCACUCAUCCCUGGAACUAGGGUUGCCAGAUUUAAGGCCAAAAAAAAAAAAAAAAAUGAAGA